CCGACAGCGCAGGUUCCCAUGACGACAGUGCGGGGUCCCAUCAUGUCGGGGUCGCUCCGGAACUGGUCCACCAACUCCAGCGGGGAGAUCCCCUCCGGUUCCCUGGCGCUCGGGCCGGACGACCUGUACCCGUCGGCGCUGGUGGCCAGCACGUUCCUUCUGGUGGCCGUGUUCCUGGUGGGGACCGUGGGCAACACCGUCAUCUUCCUGUCCGCCUUCCAGAGCUGGGGCAAGAAGCUGCGCACGGGCUUCGACCUGCUCAUCUUCGACCUGACCGUGUGCGACUUCCUGGCCUGCGCGGUGGUGACUCCGGCCUUCACCGUCAGCCUGUUCCGGGACCCGGCGCCCGGCCUGGCCGAGUCCGUCUGUCACGUGUUCGUGUUUCUCAGCACUGCCUGCACCUUCAUGUCUCUGUCCACGCUGGUGGCCAUCGCGCUGCACAGACUCACCAUGGUCAAGUCGCAGGCCAAGCGGCCCAUCUCGUGGCGCGGCGCCGUGCUGGUGCUGGCCGGGCUGUGGGCCAUCAGCCUCACCUCCGCCAGCCUCGUCACCCUGUACGGCCGCUCCGAGUGGCACGCGCACUCGCCUUCGGGAUGUCUGCCGUUCCUAGGCUACAACCACAUCAACAACGUCAUGGUCUGCUUCACGGCGCCCGUCUUCUGUAUCUCCUUUCUGAUUGUAUGCGUGUCCUAUGGCUUCAUCGCGGACGCCGUCAGGCACCAGGCCAACAGGAAGGCAUCCGUGGCAUUCUCUGCAAAGUAUGUCCCCGCUGACGGGGCCGUGCACCCCAUGGACGGGGCCGUGCACCCCGUGGACGGGGCCGUGCACCCCAUGGACGGGGCCGUGCACCCCAUGGACGACGCGAUGCACUCCAUGGACGGGGCCGUGCACCCCAUGGACGACGCGAUGCACCACAUGGACGGGGCCGAGCACCCCAUGGACGGGGCCGUGCACCCGUACCCCAUGGACGGGGCCGUGCACCCCAUGGACGGGGCGUCCCGGAACAGCAGCCCCAGCGCGCAUCUGAACUCGCCCCGUGCAGACCCGGUCCAUGGCAGCCCAGUCGCCUCCGUUCCCGUGCCUGUCGUGUUGGAGAAGGAGUCCAAAGCUAUGAAGCUCUGCUUCUUCAUGACCGUGUCCGUGCUCUGCUGCUGGGGCCCGCUCGUCAUCUGUCAGUUCAUCGAGUACCUGUCGGGACCCAGUGCCGGCUUGUUCCAGGUGAAAGUGUGCAGCAUGGCGCUCCUGCUCACCAACUCGUCGCUCAACCCUUACAUCUACCCGCGGAACAGCGGCAAACUGCGCGCCAAGAUCACCCGCUUCCUCAGCAGCCUGUGUCCGUACCAGCGGACAACUCAGUUGGAGGUUCUCGGAGACGGAGAUCUGGAACUAAACCGGAACAAGUCGUCGCACCAGGACCCGAUGUACAUGGACGCCACUCCGAACCCCAGCCGGGUGGACCGGGCGGUGGGGCCGAGCUACACCCACGGGCGGUCCCAGAGAACGCCGUGCGGCGCCAGGCGGCCCGGCAGGCUGCGCCCCACAUGGGAGAUCUCCACGGACUUUAGACGGUCCAUCUCCAGGUCUAGAAAGGACUCCUAUAUCGUGCCAACAGACAGUAGAGCAGACGGACCCACGGCGCUGGUGUAGAAGCUGUGUCGGUAAGGUAAAACUGUAACAGGGGACCACUUCAAAAAUAAUUCCUGUUCAACAUUUGAGCUUCCGGGCACCCGGACUUAAGUAUUAAAGUAACCCUGAGAAACAACCUAAAGAGUUAAACCUUAACAUUGAAUUACAUGCAGAAUAACAAGAAAAAUAAAUAUUUUACAAUGCUGCGUGAGCCUCUGAAAUCUCUCUGAGUUUCAGACCGCGACUCUGUGAAUGAGAACAUUGUCAGCCCCAGUCAAGGGCACAAGAAACAUUCCUUGGUCAUAGAACAGGUUUGGUACAUUAGGCAUGUAUUCGUGAUAUAUAAUUAAUUCAUGAAUGCACAACAAUACAUGUAUUACUGCAUUUACACAUUAAAAAAGUAUCUGUUAGUGUUACACCCUUUACUUCAUCCCCUCCCCUAUUGCACACGUCUGUUCCCAUGACUACUUAUACUGUAGACACCUGGCACAUAUGCAGAUACAGCCCAGUCUUUGCUUGAGAAAAUAUUCAGUUCAACACAGUUCAGCAAGCCUCAAUGAAAAUUCGAUACACAAAAAGCCAUACAAAUCUAAUUUCUUCUUUUAUGGACUUUUCACAUAGGGGAAAAAGGCAACUUUAUUGUUGCCUGGGUCAGGUCAGGUCAAUACCGUGAAGCAUAGCUCUUCUUCCUACUCUUUUCGACAGUUAUACGACAGUUUUGUCCAUUUUAUUAUGUGUAACC